AUGUCAGAAAAGCUGCUUGAUGAUACUGCUGCUGGAUCGGGUUCCUCGGCUGUAACCCCUGAGCACGUCAACAUCAAUGUGGUGGGAUCCACACAUAGAAAGGGAAGCGACGACCAUGAAUACGAGGAGCCUUUUGAUAUCUCAUUAUCCAAGUUCGACAAGGAGAAUGGCGUAAAGACUAUCCUCUCCCUUGUUUUCAUGAUGGUUUUUAUGAUCGGAUUACCAAUUGCUCUAUACUUUGGCCUUCGUAACGUCCUUGGCACACUUUAUGCAUUACUUAUUUCCGGUAUCCCGCCUUUGCUGCAUGUCAUUAUCACGUUUAUUCGGCACCGUCGUCUCGAUUUUCUUGGGAUUCUUGUUGUUUUGGCGUUUAUCCUUUCUGCAGUGAUAUCACUGGUCACUGGUGACGAACGAGCUACUUUGUUGCGUGAUUCAGCGACCACUAUGCUCAUUGCCGUCCUUUUCAUGUUGACCUUGAUCCCAUUUCGCACACGAUGGCUUAACAUCUAUCCAAUCACAUGGACCAUAUUCAAAAGGGCAUACUAUGAUACAGUCACGCCUUAUCAUUGGAGAAACGAAAAUGGUGAUCGCCAUGAAAUGCCAUUCAGUGAUUUUAUAUGGCUGUACAUUCCAAAAGCUCGAACAUAUAACUACACGCUGACAGCCGCCUAUUCGAUUGCUUUGACGGCAGCAUUUAUAGCUCGUGUGAUUAUGAUUGAAGCCUCAAACAUGUCCGUUCACCAGAUAGUGCUAUAUGGCAAUGUCAUUCUCGGCGUCUUCAUAGCGAUUGCUGCCAUCGCCACUGUUUGGGCUGCUAUCUUGAUACAAGCAUCGUGCGUGAAAUGGGCUAAAGCGAAUGAUUACACCGAGCAAUAUAAUAAGCAUAUAGCUAACUACCACGAAUCAGCCAAUCUUUAG